AUGUCGGAAUUCGCUUCGAUUUCAACUAGAUCUUCAGCUUUAUUCAAUCAGCCACUUGUUGCUUCAUUACAACAGUCAUUAAGGACUAAUCAAUCAGAAUAUAAGGCAUAUCGAGCAAAAGUGAAUUUGAAAAUUACUGAGCAGAGAAAUGAGACCACCGGAGAAAAGGAAUUGCGAUUCGAAAUUAGUCGUUCUGAUGAUUUCGAGUUUUUGUUUGCAGAAGUUCUUAAUAAUGACAAGUAUCAGAAAUUAUCACGGGAACAUGAUUUGACAGUGGAUUUUGAGGCAUUUCCAAGAGCAAUAAUUCAGAAGCUACUCAGUAAAAAUAUUGCAACAGAUGACUCAGGAGAAGCCGGGAAUAUGGGUCCUCAUAGUUUUGCGGAUGGAAAACCAACGGAAAUCAAAUUAGUUCUGGAUGCCGAUAAAAGGGUUUGCUCAUUCGAACUUUUUUCGAAGACUCCCAUCAGUAAAGGGCGAAUAUUUGCGCUGAAAAUGAGCGCAGUGCGCGGCGACCAAUUGACGGCCCAUUUGCUGACAAUCUGCUCAAGCCAGAUGAAAAAAUUGGAGCAUUUGAGGCAUUUGACGAGCGAGCACAAUGAAUUAAGCGAGAAGUUCGACAAAACACGAAGAGAACUCGACGAAUUGCGACAUUUGGAAGAGAAAAAUAAGCAGGAUUUGGACCGCAUUGAAGAACUUGAAUCCGAACUCGAACUUGUGAAAGAAGAACGACAGAAUUUGGUGAUUCUUGCUGAAGAAAAAGACGAAUUAAUGGAGGAAAUUCGACAAGAAACCGAAGAUGCAAGAAAACAAGUCGAAGAAAUGACUGAGGAACUCCAAAUUAUGGAUACUAUUAUUCGCGAAGAGCAAGAUCAAAGCGAUAGAUUACGAAAGGAAAAGGAGGCGUUGAGACGGGAAAACUCGGAAUUGCGCAAAGAAAACUGCGAAUUGCUGAAAGACGUCGAAAAAUCGAAGCAUGUUGUCAAGAAAUACCUGAAUAAUAAAUGCGGCGACGGCAGUCAACAGAGUGUUGAUAUGAGAAAAUUGAAGGAAUUGGAAGCGGAUUUGAAAGAAAAGGAUGGUCUUGUGCUCACUUUAACCGAGACAAUUGCCACACUUCGCAAAGAAUUGGAAGAUGAACGCAAAAAAUGCAAAGAAAUUGAGGAAAAUGCGGAACAAUUUCGAAAAGCAAACGUUGAGAUGAACGAAAAAUUACAACUGUAUCGGAACAAUCGCACUUCAACGCUCAUCAACGGCUCGAAUUAUAUGUCGCCAUUGCUCAAUGGAUCCGCAGUUCCCAACAAUCUGACCCCUUCGUCUGUUCUUCGCGGGACCCCGGCUUAUAAGGCCGUAUUCCCAUCAAGCAGCAGUUUGAACAACACCCCAUUAGGUGGUUAUGCGAAUGUGAUGAGAUCAACGACGCCGGGAGUUUUCAAUCAGACGUCGCCUUAUGGAAAUCAAUUGGUUCCAACUACUCCGACUGUUCUUCGGAAUACGACGAAUCUCACGAAUGACACGACGACGUCAACGACUACGCCGAUUUUGAUGAAUUCGACGACGACAACGCCGACGAAUCCUGCCAACAGAUUCGGAACUCUUCAGCCGACUGUUACCUUUAACACAUAA